AUGAUGCGAAAAUCAACUUCGGCCUAUGAAAAUAGCCUAUAUUUUGGUGAAGAGCAAGAGGAAAGAGUUAGACCAUCUUCAAGUUUUUGUGAGCAGCUGAUUGUUUUUGAUGAGGAGGAUUUUGAGAAUGAAAAUGAAGCGAGUUUGAUAGAGGUUGGUGAAAUAACAACAAAAAUAACCAAAAAAUACAGUAAGAAAGUCUCCUUCUCUCGGACUUUUAUUUAUUUUUUCACAAUUUUUUGUUUUCAUUCAUUUUCAACCCAAAAAAAGAAAAGCUUCUUAGCCAAAAUUUCAUGACAAAAACAAUCCCACGGAGCUAAUCUAUUGAAAUAUUGCAGAUUUGCAUUGAUCGCGAUGUUCAACAACCAAAUGGGCUUGCUUUUCGAUUAGUUGGUUCGAAAUCGCGAGGGAUUUUUGUUUCCUAUGUCAAUCCGACUUCACAGCAGGUUAGUUUUUGUUUUAAAACUUUUUCUUCUUUUUGUUUUGUGGAGAAAUAAGGGAAAAAGAAUAAAAAGUAAUUAGUCGUUUUUUGGCGCCUGAAAAAUGUGAUCCUUAGGGAAUUCUCCUAUACACAAAAAAUGGGAAAAUCUGACUCGAAACCCAUAUUUUUUCCCUUUUUUCCCAAUAAAAAGCGAGAUUGGAUUAUAGGAGAAAAAUAGACAUAUAAAAAAUAUAUUUUUUAUAAUUUUUUUAUUUGUUGGGCAUAGAGAAAGCAAAUGUGUGAUUAAAUUUCCAUUUUUUUUCGAAAAAUGGAAUAUUUUUUCCGGAAGAAGGUUGGAGGAAAGAAAUUGGAUUCUGGUUCCAGGAAAUAAGUAUUGAAAAUUAAUAAAGUAUGAGACUGGAUAAAAUUAAAAAUUUUGAAUAUUUCGACAAUUAACUAAAAUCACCAAUAUUCAACAUUUUACAAAUGAUUCCUGAAAUCCACGUUUUGUCUAAUUCCCCGGAAAAAUUCGGUCUUUGAACUUGCAAAAAUUGAGCCUUGGAAAAAUUUAAAAUUACUUUUUUUCCUGCAAACUGAAAAAGUUGUACUCGAUUACUUUUCUUUUUUUUUUCUUUUCGAUAAUUAAAUAAGUGCAAACCGAGUUAGCCUAACUUUCUUCUGUCCCCACAAAAUUUUAACAAAAAAGUUGCCUUUGGGCUUAAUAUUUAGACAUUUUCAGGCUCAAAGGCUAGAUAUUUUAACGCCAGGCUUAAAACCAGGAAUUUUUUAAACUCAAAAAUAUGCAUUUUUCAGGCUCAAAGUCUACGCGAAGGUGAUCGAAUCAUACGAUGCUCCGGAAUUCCUUUACGCGCAAUUUCCGUAGAUCAAGCCGCGAAUAUUUUACGAAAUUGUAUGAAUAGAUCAAAUAAAUUGGAUAUUCAAAUUGAAAGACGAAAAAAUGGAGAAAUUGAGAUGAGUCGAAGAAGAAAACAGGCAAAAUUAUCAAUGUGUUUGGAUCAAAAAGAGAAAAAUGGAGAGAUUUUGAGAAGGUUAGAAUAUUAAAAACAUUAAAGUUUGAGUUUUGGAUAAAAAAAUCCACGUAGAUGUUUUAGCGCUAGAAAACCAUAAAAAGUCACAUUUCACGUGGAUUUUCAUAUUCAAAAAAUUCCACGUGGCUUUCAAUUUUCCAACCAAAUUUUUUCAUCAAAGCCUCUAAUUGUUUUUAGCCGCCCCGCCACAAUUCGUCUAACCACCUCCCAUUCGGCCGAAAUUUUUCAAAACGCCUCCAAUUUUUCCACGUCAUCAUUUCGUGGCGAGAAUCGAUAUCCUCGCUACGUCAGUUUUGACACUCAACAAAAAUCACUCAACAUUUGUCCGACGUGUAAAACGCAAAUUAAAGUUGUGAGUUGUUUUGUGGGAGAAAAACUCGAUUUUUCUUUGAAGAAAAUAAGAAAUAUGGAAAAUUAUGCAAAUUUUUCAAAUUUUCUGUUUUUCCGUGAAAAAUUGGAAUUUUCGAGAAAAAAAUUUUGGCACUAAAAAAUGUACUUCUCUUGAAGAAGUUGAAUGAUAAAAAUGGCACCAAUGUUUUUUCAGAAAAAUUCCAAAACUUGUCCAAAAUUGAAAUUUUCAGCCAUAUCUUCAUCAAUUUUCACACAACUUUCGAUUUCUUUCUUCAUUUUCAAGCCGGUCGAGUUAUUCACUACUGUAA